AUGUUUCCUUUUGCUUAUUAUCCUUAAGACUUAAAAAGUACAAAAACAAAAAGUUUAUUUCUAGGUUCUUUCAACUUUUGUCAACCUUCAUAUUAAUAUUCAUGGUUGUAUCCUUAAUCUUAAUAUGGAAACUUUACCAACAACCAUUGGUAUUAGUUUUCAACGAUUAAAUUCGAAUUGAUUAGGCCUGAAACACAAAAUUAGCAUAACAUAAUCAAAAUUGCAGAAAAGACAUCAGAUACAUAAUAGAAAUCUUAAUAAAUAGAACAAACUGAAAUGCCAACAAGUCUUGAUAAUAAUUAAUAUGGCAUUUCUAAAACAUCUGGAACUAAAUUGAACAAAUGGAAAAAGAAAAAAAAUAAGAAAAGCAAAAUCUUUAAAAAAGGUAUGACUUUUAUUAUCAAUAUAUGAAGGUCAUUGGACUAAUAAAGAAUAGAGAUUAUAUUAAUAGUUUAUUGAGGAUCAUAAAGAGAUUAUGUCAGAUUCAGAUUAGAAGAAGAUGCAAAAAAUAUUUAAACAGAUGUCAGAUUUCAUAAAAUCUAGGUCAGCUAGUCAGUGUCGAUCUCAUCAUUAGAAAUUUGAUCCAAAAGAAUUGUCAAAUUGGAAGAAUUCAAGGUAAUUUAAGAUUGCUAAUGAAUGA